GGAAGAGGUAUAUUGCCUAGCGAGAGCGUCUAGAUAGAUGAUGUUGAACGAAAUAGCAACAAAAGUCCCAUUUGAGACUAGCGUCGAGGGGCAUGAAAUCCGUGGCCUGGCGUGGAGGGAAAGCCUGUGGCCGUGGGAAUACGCUCACCUGAUGCCAAGAUGGGAAUUGGUUAGCAGGACUCCUAAAACGGCCGCCGAAGUAGCCUUUUUCGGCCACCUGCUAACCGUCACAUCAGUAAAUGGAGCUGUAUUUAAUGCUCUUUCUAUGAAUUGAAAGGAACUGAAUAUGUUAUAAAGUUCUGGAGCUAACCUCUGCUUGUAUACAAUGGUAGAAGCUGGUAUACCAGUUUUUAGGUCCUGUCAAUGUGUUAUUGUUGAG